GCCUGCGGAAAGCGAGAGAAUGAGUAUGAAGCAGAACAGCCACAAUUUCCAGAUGUUCAUGGAUCAAAACAUGGAUCUGUGUCUUUGGAAGCAGGAAUAUUGCAGCCAUCAUGUAUGAAACAAUCUUAUUCAGCUGAUACUGUUGUCCAACAGUCACUUUCCAUACCUGAGGCAGGCCCCUUCCCAGAACCACCUGAUCCAAAAACAUGUUCUCCUCAAGAAUACUUGGAGUAUUAUGUAUUUCCAGUACUCUUACCUGGAAUGGCUGAACUUCUGCAUCAAGCAAAGAAGGAAAAAUGUUUUGAGAGAAAAAGGACCAAAUUUAUUGCCUGUGACUUCUUAACUGAGUGGUUAUACAACAAGAACCCAAAGAGGAAAGAUGAGUCAUUCACAGAAUUCUUUUCCAUUCCUUUUGUUAAGGACUGGCUAAAGGACCAUCCUAGACCACCAAUUCCUCUAUCUCUCCUUCUAUCAGAAGAAGCAGCAAGCAUAGUAAUUCAGUCCUUCUGGAGAGGUUAUCGGGUCCGCUGUGAUAGUGAAAUACAAGAGCUACGUCAGUGGCAAAAGCAGUUGAGAGAAAACAAAAACAUUAUUAAGAGGGUGGAAGAAUUCUGGACUAAGCAAGAAGCCAAAGUUUUCUGCCUAUGUUGGCUUCUGGGCAAGCAAAUGCUUUUUCCUGGGGACCUGCCACUCUGGAAUGAUUUCUCUCCAUUUCUGUGGGAAGCAAAUUGGAAGACUUGGAAGAACCCACACGAGAUCAUUCAACAUCUCAAUUUUAGUUUUCUCACCAACAUCACAAAAUACAGAGCUCAUGGACUAAACUUUGUGGUACUGAUUUAGAAACACUCUUAGCAUUACAGUUUUACAUGUGAUGUGUUGUAAAUCAAAGGGAGAUUAUGUAAGGACCCAGCAUGCCAAGACAAAAUUCAGUCCUAGUCUAAGUGAGCACAGUUCUGUUAAAACAGGUGCAAUUGUGCACAUUUAGCCAAAAUUUUUGAGUUGCUAUUUAUCUUGUGUUCCUGAACGCUCACUUGCAAGCUUCUCCAACGGGGACAAAACUCUGGAUGAAAUAAGUGGGGUUAAACCCACAUGUAUGCAUGUGUUAAAACUAAAUCCAGCUAGUUUAAACUGGAGUAGCUUUACUGACUUCUGCAGAGCUGUGACAAUUUACACAAAUCCAAGCUCUGUUCAUAACAGUCUAAUCUUCAGAAAGGCUGUGCAUCUGCAAUUCCAACUGAAGGCAAUGAGAGCUAGGGUUGCUCUGCAUUUCUGCAGGGGAAAAAAGUCAAAGGCUCUUUUGUUACCACUUAGCACAUGUGCUGAGAGAGUGUAAAAUUAAGAUCACAGUGAUAGCAUUUUCAGCUAUCUUGUGUAUGUGUACUUAAAUGAGGUGCAAGCAGAAUAAAAAUCAGAUGGGGCCCCUUGCUAAGGAGCCCUCAUUUUUUUACUGUCUUGUCAACCAUAGUUCUAUUUAUACCUUUAUAAUUUCACAAUUAGAGAAGAUAUUUGCAGUUCUGCUAUUAAUUCCAUACAAGUAAAACAAAGGUCUAGUUGUUUUGAAUGAAACCAUGAUAAUACAGACACCCUCCAACUCUUGCCAUGGUUCAACAUGGAUUUCUUCCAUCACUUACGCAGACUUUGUCUUUGCUACUCUAUCAGUACCCACUCCUCAUUUUUUUCCUGGUUGGUGAUGCUUGUUGUUGAACCACAUCAGGAAAAAAAUCAAACCAUUUGAAGAAAAACCUCUCAACCUGCAUUCUUCAACCGCAGCUCUAUGACCCUAUCCCCUCCUUUUCAUAAGCCCUAGCACUUGAGCCAGAACAGGAAACUGCUGAGCCAAAUGGAAAAAAAAGUAGCACAUGCAGUUUUAAGAAUUUGGCUGCUCAGUUCUUUGACUGGCUCACCGUGGGUUCGAUUGGUGUCAGAGGUAUGGGUAAAUGGUCACAUCCCCACAAAGGUGGAGGAACAUGCCCCUAGUCGCUAGGAGCUGGCUUCCUUUAGUUUAACUUGUCUUAUAGUGCAGAAUUGCACCCACAGUAUCACCACAGGACAACGUUGAAUGUACCACCACUAGUUUACUGUAAUGGAAAAAGUUUAGGUGGAUUUCAACACCAAGUUAACACCAACAUUGUAAGUAAAUAGUAAAGCCUUUAUUCUUGUUAAGAACAGCAUUUUGAAAAUAAAACAUUUGCCCAUGCUUUACAA